AGAUUCCGAGCUUCGGCUCGAGUCGUUGGAUGCUGUUUCGUAGCUGCCUCUGCUGGUUGGCAUGAUGGAUGUAUAGGGGCACUCAUCCCUUAUCUCCAGGUAUACUAUGGCGGUGUCAGCGAUGAAAAGGUCGCCCUUGUGUUCAUCGGUUCGUUCACAGGGUACAUACUGGCAUCGCUGUUGAACGUAACCCUGAGCAAUCGACUUGGGCUUGGACGUCUUAUUGUACUCGGUGCUUGUGCUCAGGGGCUGGCUUCAGCUGUCAUUGCCUUCCGGCCACCCUUCAUCGCCAUCGCGAUUUGCUAUGCUGUCGCUGGCUUUGGUCUUGCUCUCCAAGACGCCCAGUUCAAUACUUAUAUUGCUCGGCUCCCGGGUGCUCCAACGAAGUUGGGUGUUGUACAUGCGAUAUAUGGAAUUGGUGCAUUGUUGUCCCCGGCGGCCGCUACCUUGCUCAUGAGAGCCAAUCUUCCGCCUCCACUGUUCUACUUAACCAACCUUGCAUGGUGUAUUGCAAGUCUGGGUGUCCUCUUGCUGGGCUUUGGAUUCGGAGGUGGUGACUUUUCAGGCAGACAAACUGAGGUCGAAGCCGAUGAUCGGGUGGCAUCGCUGAAGACUGUUGUCUCGGAUCGUGUAGUAUGGGCUGCCUUGAUGUUUGUCAGCUUGUACACUGGGUCCGAAACAAGCGAAGCAGGCUGGAUUGUCUCUUUCCUGAUGAGAGAGCGAGAUGGAGGCUCAAUGUCCGGCUACGCUUCUUCGGCCUUCUACACUGGUCUGACGUCCGGCCGCGUUGUACUGCUGCCUCUGACCGCUGUUCUCAAUGACAAGAGAGCAGUCACACUCUAUGCUGCCCUGGCUCUUGCCAUGCAGGUUGUUGUAUGGACGUCUCCGGUAUUCCUUGUGGACUUCAUUGCCGUCGCAGCUUGCGGAUUUGUGAUGGGUCCCGUAUAUCCCGUCACUGUGUCCCUCGUCACCAAAGCCACACCUCAUGGGUAUCAUCCCGGAGCGCUCAGUCUCAUGGCAAGCGUUGGACAAUCCGGAAGUGCGUUUUUGCCAUUCUUGGUGGGAACCCUUGCUGAAUCUUUUGGUAUUGGAGCCCUGCAGCCUGUGCUUAUAGCCAUGUUUGCCUUGAUGAUCCUGCUCUGGCAAUUGGUCCCG